AUGUCUCUUCCAAACAUUUCCCGUGAAUAUCGCAGCCAGGGUGAUGGCCACCAGAACUUGAAGCUUCAAUCAGUGACUCUCUCGAAGCCGAAGGCUACCGAGGUGACCAUCAAAAUCCACGCUGUCUCUCUGCAGUACCGUGACCUAAUGGUCUCCAAAGGAAUCUACCCACAGCAAAAGUUUGACAUUGUUCCUUGCUCUGAUGGUGCAGGGGAGAUUGUUGCACUUGGGCAAGAUGUCAAGGGAUGGAAAGUUGGAGAUCGUGUCUGCCCUAACUUUGCAGUGGAUCACAUUCAUGGCGACGUCACUGAAGCCAUCAAGUUAACUGGACUUGGUGGUCAUAUCGAUGGCGUGCUUCGGGAGUACAUCAAUGUCCCAGUUCACUCAUUGGUCCGCAUCCCAGACCAUCUUUCAUAUGAACAAGGGUCGACUCUUCCAUGCGCCGCCUUGACAGCUUAUAAUGCUUUGCUUGGACCCGUCCCGAUCAAAGGCGGAGACUACGUCCUCGUUCUUGGUACUGGCGGUGUAUCGAUAUUCGGCGCCCAAUUUGCCCUUGCUUCUGGCGCGACCGUCAUCGUGACAUCAUCUUCGGAUGAAAAAUUGCAAAAUGCGAAGAAACUAGGUGUGCAGCACACCAUCAACUACAAGAAGAACGAUAAAUGGGACGAAGAAAUCUUGAAUAUUACUGGCGGCCGUGGGGUUGACCACAUUAUCGAAGUCGGAGGGCCUAACACCAUGCUGAAGUGUAUUAACGCCGUACGCUAUGCAGGCUGGAUCCAUAUCAUCGGCUUCGUAUCCGGGGGUGACAACGGCAUUCCUGUAGGGCUUGCCAUCAUGAAAGCAAUCACUUUCCGCGGAAUUUUGAUUGGCUCUGUCAAACAGUUUGAGGACAUGAACCGAUUCGUUACAGCGCGUACAAUCCGCCCAGUGAUAGACAAAGUCUUUCCCUUCGAGGAGGCUACUGAGGCAUAUGCGUACCUCGAGAGCCAGAAGCAUGUUGGAAAGGUGGUGAUAAAAUUGGCGUGA